AACAUCUAUAAAAAAAAGUAAAAAAAAUCACAUGCAUGUAACCUAGAAGUAGCCAUGAAUUUUAGGUGAGGCUCUUGUUGAUAAUUGAUAAACAAACACAUCUGAGGCUCUCUCUCUCUCUCUCGAACAACGUUUCAUUCCUUGCGCAUUGAGACAAGCAUCCGAAACCAAGGCAAAACUUGUUGCCAUUCCACCCCAAUUCCGCGUCUUUUCGGUGAUCCAACAUUUUCACUAUCCUCUCCACUGUAUACCCACAAAAUCUCCUCACAAAGGUUUCUGCUUUUCGUUCAUUUGGGGAUCCAAAUCUGUUUUUAUCUUAAUUUUCUUUUGUGGGGUUGCUCUAGGGGAUUAAUCUCAUCUUAGGCACUAGUUGCUUGAAUCUCUGUGGAAGCUUAUGUAUUUUGUCUAGUUUUGAAGGAUUUGACGCUUCAGGGUUUAGUGUAGGGCUUGAUUGUAUUGAAUGAAUGACAUGGCUUGGACUUCCCUCAAAGGUUCUCCUAGAUUGUCUUCUCAUCCAAGGCCUCUUUCUUGGAUUGUAGUUUUGGUAGGAGCACUGGCAGUUUUCUUAAUUUAUGCUUCUUGGGUUCUUGUAUCAUCACCAGUUGGUGCCACGGUUCAGGGGUAUUUUUAUAGUGUAGGUAGUUCUGAGAAGUUAGAUUUGCCUGUGUCUCCAGCAAAUGAAGCUUCUGUUGAUAGCCACUUGAAUAAGAGUUUAGAUCUUGUUGAUAAUAAAUCUCCCUCUAAUCAGCAACCUUCCACACUUGCCACGGAGGUGUCUAGUGAUAAUAAGGUAGAACAAACUGAUGCUAAAUCAAACUCACAAGUAGACUCAAGUGAGUCUAUUUCGGCAAACCUGCCAUUGACCAAGGAAGUGAAUAGCGAUCCUGAAGCUUCAAAUUCAGGAGAACCAGCGUCUUCGUUAGGUGGCAGUGGAGAUGUAGCCAAUAGUAGCUUGUCUACUCAAGAAAAUUCAAGACCUGAUUUGAAUUCAAGUGCAACUGUGCCAUUGGCAGGUACCAAUUCUUCCACCAAGACGGAUAAUAUUAGAAUGGAGGAACCCACUUCUGUGCCUUUGAUCAAUCAGACUAGUGCUGUAAGUACAGCAUCAAAUGAUACCUCUAUGUCUUCUGAUGAUUCCACACCAACUGCUGUCCCAGCAUCAGUAGAGAAGCCGAAUAACACAUCCAAUGCUGGCUGUGAUCUGUACCAUGGAAAUUGGAUUCAUGAUCCACUGGGACCAUUAUACACAAACAAUACAUGCCCUGUAUUGACACAGAUGCAGAAUUGCCAGGGUAAUGGAAGGCCUGACCAGGAUUAUGAAAAUUGGCGAUGGAAGCCCUUUCAGUGUGACCUCCCACGAUUUGAUCCCAAGAAAUUUUUGGAGCUGAUGAGAGGGAAGACCUUGGCUUUCAUUGGGGAUUCAGUAGCUCGAAACCAGAUGGAAUCAAUGUUGUGUAUUCUGUGGCAGGUAGAGGAACCAAAGAAUCGGGGAAAUCGUCAUAUGCAACGAUAUUAUUUUAGGUCUGCCUCUGUUAUGAUUGUCAGGAUAUGGUCCUCAUGGCUUGUCAAAUUAACAUCUGAACCAUUUGAUUAUGCUCCAGCCGGUGUGGAUAAGCUCCAUCUUGAUGCCCCUGAUGAGAAGUUGAUGGAACAUAUCCCAAACUUUGAUGUGGUUGUUCUUUCUUCUGGUCAUUGGUUUGCCAAGCAGUCUGUGUAUAUUUUGAACAAUGAGAUAGUGGGAGGACAGUUGUGGUGGCCGGACAAAUCUCGGCAGAUGAAGGUUGACAGCGUUAAAGCAUACGGCAUAUCUGUUGAAACAAUUCUUACUGCAAUUGGUACAAUUCCAAAUUACACAGGCCUUACAAUUGUGCGUUCCUACUCUCCUGACCAUUAUGAGGGUGGGGCAUGGAACACCGGUGGAUCAUGCACUGGGAAGGUUAAGCCUCUUGCACUUGGUGAACUGGUGGAAAAUGUACACACAAAUAUAAUGCAUGAGCAACAGGUCACAGGUUUUGACCGAGCAAUGAAAAGAGUAACAAAUAAAUCAAAGUUGAGGCUAAUGGAUAUCACUGAAGCCUUUCAAUACAGGCAUGAUGGUCACCCUGGCCCUUAUAGGAGCCCUGACCCUAAUAAGAUCACAAAACGUGGCCCUGAUGGAAGGCCACCACCACAGGAUUGCUUGCACUGGUGCAUGCCUGGCCCUGUUGAUACCUGGAAUGAACUUGUGUUUGAAAUCAUUAGGAGAGAAUAUGAAGGUGGAAGGGCAUCAUGAGAUUUGUUUAUUUUUUUACUAUCAAAUGUUGUGCUUGUGCACUCAAUUGGGUAUGACUUGUGUAGAAAUGUGAUUGUUUGAGAAGGGGUAAAAGAUAGUAGCCAACUUGAAUCUUUUUCAUAGAAUAUUUAUUAAUUAUAGAGAUUUUUUUUUAAAAGAUUGGGAUGAUAAUAUGUUAGGUUAUUCCACAACCAUCAAAAGUCAUCUGUACUACUACAUGAUCCUGUACAAGUUUUGAUAUUAAAUAUCACCUUAUAUUGUUUCUUGCA